AUGGUCGAGGCCGAUGUCAACACCGUGACUCUCUGCGGCCAGUACGACUUGACGGCAGGAGCCUUUACAACUUUCGUCAUCACCGCCAAUUCUAGUAUGGGCGACCUCGCGAACACCGCGAAGGAAGUACUUCGCACUAUUGAGGGCAAGGACGGCUGUGGGAAUCAAGAGAUCCUUCUCGGACAGAUGGAAACAAUCUCCAAACAUGCCUCCACUGGUGAGACAGUCGGCCAUGACGCAGAGGGGCUACAUAGUCUACGAAUCACCGUCAUUCCAACCAGUGUCGUAGGGGUGUUGAUGAUUUUGCCGUUCCAGUACAAUCGACUCGAACCUAGGGAAGCCGAUGUCACCAUCUCAACCCAGGACUUCGUGGAUAUUCUCGAUACUGUUGAAGCACUUCGCAACGCGGAAGAACCCGUCAAAGAGUCUGAAAAAGGCGUCUUGUAA